AUGGGGCAUUUCAUGCCAAAUCGACCACUUUUGAACUCGACCCUUUUCGAUUUUUCUGAAAUUUUGGAGCCGCGUCUAGCAGGCAAGCCGACAGAACUAGGGUUAGAAGAUUUCAGUCAAGAAAAUCCAGACUGGGCCAAGAGGAUCCAACGUCUCAAUGAACUACGUCACAAGAUUGAGGUCAACAUGGAGAAAGAUACUGAAAGACGUCAGAAGGACAAGGACCAAGAAAUUCAAUUUCCUGACGUCCACGUCGGCGACUUAGUAUACUACCCGAAUAGGAAACUUAGCAAUAAGUCUCAGAAUUAUUCUGCAGGGUUGGGGGUUAAAUAUCUAGGGCCAGCGAAAGUUUAUAAGUUAAUUAGUCCUAUAGUAGUUGAAUUACGUAGUGCUUGGCAAUCACUAUAA